CUCCGACCAGUAACGCCCAACACUCCAUGCUCUUUUCACAAUAUCUUUGGGAUUUCCAUGUAGGUCAUGGAUAGUCCUACUGCGCAUGCGUUUUGGGGGGUUUCUAUCGUUAGACCAAGAGCAUGUUUUGGACUCAGAAAAUUGUGUUCAGAGAAUACCUUCAGCUUGAAAAUAAUGUAGAUCUACAUGUAAUAUUCUAAUAGCCUCUGGCAAAAAUGUUUAAUUUGCAUUAUACAGUCAUCCUUAGCUAUUAAUUUUUAUUUGGGAACUAUGUUUUUCUAUUUUGUCAGGCACUGGCCUCAAACGGUAAAUGUAUUCCUGCGCGCUCCAGUUCUAUUUUUAUCUCAUUUUUUUUCGUAUCCUCUUCCGACACCACAAGUCAUUUCAAGUCGAUACCAAGUACAUUUUGUGACCAAGUCGUGACAUUCCAGUCACACUGAUUCGGAGCAGCCUACUUCCUUCUCUAGCGGCGCAGUUGCCCUCCCUUGUGUGGAGUAUGGAGCUGAACGCGCUGGGGAUGUCCCAGUUUGACACGUUUGAUGACGAGGUCUCGAAAGAGAGCAACGACCUCACAGUCGAUGCUGGACUGAGUCCUGAUGGCCCGUUCCUGAGUAGUGUGGCCCAGCCCGACCUGUCUCAAGGUCUUUCCAUUGGUUCAGGCACUGAGCUUGGGGGUCACUCAGAGCGGUACCUGGAGGAGGCGGACAAGGAAAAGGAACAGUACGUGCGCGACCUUGAGGCCUACCAGAAGACCGAGUCGUACCGCGCCUUCCGCAUGCAGAUGGACAAGAGGAAAGAGACACGUCAAAGGUGAGAUGAGCCGAUCAUGUGACACAGGACACAUAGCAUAGGACUCAUGUGACACGCGACACACGGAGGACAGGACACAUGGCACACUUCACACGGGACACAUUGCUCAGGACACAUAGGACAAGUGACACAAGACAGAGGACACACGACACUCUUCAGUACCGUCACUUCCUGUGUGUCGUCCAGGAGUUGUACAGCAGUUUUUGUGAUUGGGACGUCAUGUUCUGUCAGUUGUCCCAUGUUGUCCCCCCAUGUUGUCCCAUCUUGUCCCCCCAUCUUGUCCUCCCAUGUC